CCCCCUGAUCUUUCUGUCCAUUGGCUUCUUCGGGUCUAUUUUUCAUGUCCAGCCCCUAAUGAGUGUCCAUUGGUUUUGUUAUUUCCACUCCCUCCUCCCACUCCCCGGCUUUGCCCUGCCCAUGUUUUGUAUGUCUGUGUCCAUCCAUCUCCUGACGUUCAAGUUCGCAGGGACGUCACGUCCGCACUUGAACUUGCAGCUCAGGGGGGCUUUUGCCAUUUUUUCAUCUCUCUCUCUCUCUCUUUUCAAAAAAGCCAUGACGGCUAUCCCACAAUCCAUCUUCCCUGCGCCAUCUUUGUAUUAUUUCUAAUUUAUUUUGGAUGUCAAAGGCAUUGAUGAAGAUAUUUUCUCUGGAGUCUCCCUUCUAACCCGGCUCUCCCGAUGUGAACCGAGCUGAACGCCACCACCAACCACCAUGUCUCGCCGCAAGCAAGGCAAACCCCAGCACUUAAGCAAACGGGAUUUUUCGCCCGAGCCUCUGUCCGCCGUCGUGCUCUCGGAGGAACACCGGCAGCAGCAGCAGGAACACCGCGGGCUGGCACAGCUCCCUCCGGAAGGAGACCAGGACCUGCUCACCUGUGGCCAGUGCCAGAUGAACUUCCCUCUCGGGGAUAUCCUAAUCUUUAUCGAGCACAAGAGGAAGCAAUGCAAUGGCAGCCUGUGCAUAGACAAGGCAGUGGAUAAGGCUCCGUCACCGCCGCACGGCGAGCUGAGGAGGGCCUCCAACCCGGUGGAGGUGGGCGUCCAGGUCACGCCCGAGGAUGACGACUGCUUGUCCACGUCCUCUCGAGGAAUUUGCCCAAAACAGGAACACAUUACAGGUAAAGAUGAGCCCAGCACCUACACUUGCACGACCUGUAAGCAGCCCUACAGCAGCGCGUGGUUCCUGCUGCAGCACGCCCAGAACACGCACGGCUUCCGCAUCUACCUGGAGAGCGACCACGGGAGCCCCCUGACCCCGCGCGUGGGGGCGCCCUCGGGGAUGAUGGGCGGCGACUGCCUCCCCUCCCAGCCUCCCCUCCACGGCAUGCACCUGCCCGAGGGGAGCCCCUUCAACCUGCUGCGGAUAGCCAACUCCUUGUCGGGACGCGAGGGCAACGUCGGCGUCGGCGGUGGCGGAGGAGGUGGCGGCGGUGGCGGUGGGCGCUUCCCCCCGACCCCGCCGCUCUUCAGCCCGCCGCCGCGCCAUCACCUGGACCCGCACCGCAUGGAGCACCUGAGCCCCGAGGACCUGGCGCUGGCUACCCACCACCCGAGUGCCUUCGACAGGGUGCCGCGCCUCAACCCCAUGCCGCUGGACCUGCCGGCGAUGGACUUCUCGCGCCGGCUGAGGGAGCUGGCCGGCAACAACGCGGGCUCCACGCCGCCUCUCUCCCCGAACCGGCCCAGCCCUAUGCAACGGCUGCUGCAACCAUUCCAGCCGGGCGCCAAGCCGCCCCCGUUCCUGUCCACGCCACCGCUCCCGUCCAUGCAGUCCCCCUCGCGCUCCCAGAGCACUCCCACCGGCUCCCAGCCGGGGCAGCAGCAGUCGGGCCAGCUGCAACAGCCACCGCAGUCCACCACGCCCCUCAACACGCCCAUGAAGUCCUGCGAGUUCUGCGGCAAGACCUUCAAGUUCCAGAGCAACCUUAUCGUGCACCGGCGGAGCCACACCGGCGAGAAGCCCUACAAGUGCCACCUGUGUGACCACGCCUGCACCCAGGCCAGCAAGCUCAAGCGCCACAUGAAGACCCACAUGCACAAGUCCUCGCCCACGACCGUCAAGUCCGACGACGGGCUCUCCGGCACCAGCUCGCCCGAGCCGGGCACCAGCGAGGUCCUCGGCAGCGCCAGCAGCGCCCUCAAGUCGGUGGUGGCCAGGCUCAAGAACAACCGCAUGAUCAAGAUGAACGGCGAGGAGGCCGAGGAGGAGGAGGAAGAGGAGGAGGAGGAGGAGGAGGAAGAAGAGGAGGAGGAGGAGGAAUGCGAGGAGGAGGAGCUGGAGAGCGAGGGUGGCAUCGGCCGCGGCAACAGCUACCCCUUCGGCCUGAACCUGGAGGCGGCGCGGCACCACGAGAACAACGGCGGCCACGGACGCGUCCUGGAGGACGUAAUACCGCGCUCGCUGCCCGAGGUGAUGCAGGGAAUGGGCCUGGCGGCCAGCAUGCAGCAUUACAGCGAGGCCUUCCACGCGCACAAGCGCGCUGCGCUCGGCUCGGAGCACAACGACGCCGCACACCGGGACCUGUGCGACGGCGACUCGGCCAUGGAGUCGGACCGCGUGGACGAGGGCUGCGGCUCGGCCAUCAACGGCCGCGGCUCGUCCCCCAGCGAGGCGGCAGCGGCCGCCGUGGGCCUGAGCAAGAAGCUGCUGCUGGGCAGCCCUAGCUCGCUCAGCCCCUUCAGCAACAAGCGCAUCAAGAUGGAGAAGGACCUGGACCUGCCCGCCAUGCCUACCAUCCCCAACUCAGAGAACGUCUACUCCCAGUGGCUGGCCGGCUACGCCGCCUCGCGCCAGCUCAAGGACCCCUUUCUGAACUUCGGAGAUUCCAGACAAUCGCCUUUCGCCUCGUCCUCCGAGCACUCCUCGGAGAACGGCAGCCUGCGCUUUUCGACGCCGCCGGGCGAGCACGACGGCUGCGUGUCCGGGCGCAGCGGGACGGGCAGCGGCGGCAGCACGCCGCACCUGGGCGGGCGGCCCGGCUCCAAGGACGGCCGUCGCAGCGACACGUGCGAGUACUGCGGCAAGAUCUUCAAGAACUGCAGCAACCUGACGGUGCACCGGCGCAGUCACACGGGCGAGCGGCCGUACAAAUGCGACCUGUGCAACUACGCCUGCGCCCAGAGCAGCAAACUGACACGGCACAUGAAAACGCAUGGCCAGGUGGGGAAGGACGUUUACAAAUGUGAAAUCUGUCAGAUGCCUUUUAGCGUGUACAGCACCCUAGAGAAACACAUGAAAAAGUGGCACAGCGACCGCGCCUUGAGCGCCGAAAUCAAAUCUGAGUAGCGGGGGCACGCGAAGGCACGUUUUUUCUUUUUAUCCCUUCUUCGCUAAAAAGUAAACCCCACCUCUCCCGUGACACUCUUGUAGAUUUGUCCCUCCCCUCUCUUCCUCUUCCUCUUUCGCUCGCCCAGUGGGAACUAAGACAAAGUGCUUGGCACCAGCACACUCUGUUUCAUUUACGUUGAAUGCAUGAUCUGUAUCGGGGCAAUACUACUUGCAUUGACGCAAAACUUCGAGCCUUUCUCUUGUGCAAUAAUUUACAUGUUGUGUACUUUUUUUUUUCUUUUUACUUUCCCUUUUUUGAUAAUUAGACAGCAUGCAUGGUAUGUUUUUGGCUAAUUUGAAAAAAAAGAAAAAAAUUGUCCCUGGUUGGUUAGUUGUUGAGUAACUGUGUUGCUGUUUUCUUGUUCUGUUUUUUUAUUUAAAAAAAAAAAAAAAAAAAAAAGAAAGAAAGAAAAAAAGACCAUGCUGCAUACAUUCUGUAAUACAUAUCAUGUACAGUUUUGUGUUGUAACAUGGAGGACAGCAGUCUAAUACUUAACCCUCUAUGGAUGGGUUGGGAAUCGCACUUAAACUGGUCUUUCAAAAAGAUGUUCAGUCCACAUAGGGUGAAAAAUAUAAAUUGGCCCCGUUACAGAUUUAAAAGCAGUGACAGCCAUUGCAUUUCUUUGGGGAAAAAAAAAAAAAACGACAACAAGUCAUUAAGAUCGAAUUUGUACUAUCAUUUGGUAAAACAAACAAAAAAAAAGAGUGCCUUGGAUAUCUUGAAACUGCAUUGGUUAAUCUUCCUAUUUGCUAUAAGCUUGGAGUCUCAGCUAGAUACUGGAAAAUUGAUUCAUUUGGUCCACAAUAAGGUUCUUGCAUCAAGUACCUGACUGCUGCAGUCAACUGUGACUAAAGAAAGAGUUAUAGUAAGACAAGAAUCUAAGGAAAGUUCUAGUUAAUCAUCAUUUAGCUACCUAUAACAUUGUAUACCUUUUUGAAAUGCUGAGGGUUUUUUUGUUUGUUUGUUGUGUACACGGUACAUGCGUGGAAUCAAAGCUAGGUGUUAUUUAUCUGUCGUUAGUACAGGUACUGGUGACGCAGGUUCGAAAAAGACAACCAUAAGCUGAUGUGACACACUCUCUUCAAGGUCUUGCCUAUCUAGCCUCACAAGCGCGUGUUUAUUUCUCGUGGAAGGCAAGAGUGAGAUGUCACUAGAAUCGACACAAUCUAGUCUUAACCGGACUUGGUUCCCAAGGAUGCAUCUGAACAAUUUUAAUUUUUUUCUACGUCAGUGAUGAUUAACUAUGAAUUUACCUGCAGAUCUAUAUCAAAAUUUCUUAGUGAUGGUCACAGUAUUUAUUUCCUGUGUUCCCACAACAAAAUAUGGCAAGAAAAAGAAGUGAAAAUCCAUUUUUUUUCUCCAUAUGCUGUGUGCUAUUUUGUGUUUGACAUUCUAGAGGAGAUCUCUAUUCAUCGUUGAGUUGCAGCGUCCACCCCAGGUGCUGGUGAGAAAGCACUUGUCACUCGGCCCAGAGAGUCUGUAUCGUCUGCUCCGAUUGGUGGUACAGCAGCUGAGUAUAAAAUGUAAACUGCUUGCUUAUAGGACAAAAAAGUGCACUGUUCAAUUUUCCCAGUUUACAGGUAUUCAUUUUUGUCAAGGGAAAACAUAUUGUAAUGCUUACAAUUGAAAUUUACAAUGUCAUUUUUUAUUAUCAUUAUGAGGUUUAGGGACAGAGAGAAUUUGCUGCCUGCCACCCCC